AUGGACGCGUCAAACGGACCAGGAGCCCCUUUGAAUCUUUGCUUAUCUGAACGUGGGCUAUAUGCUGCCCACGUGAGCGGCAAGGGCCUGGUUGUUCACUCCAAUGUAGCCUCGGAAAACAAGGAGGUACAGAUCGCAAGGAUCAAAGAGAUCCCACUUAAAACACUGAAAUACUUCAACGCGGAAAGUUCCCAUGGUUCAUCAGAUGAUGAGGUCGUCUCCCGGCAGCGGCUCCUGUCCGCAAACGACAGCCGAAUUUCGGUCUGGCAGCUCACUCCGCUUGAAACAUUCGCCGAGAUUGAAAGCAUUGAGCCGGGGGCAUUAGCUGUCGAUUUUGGCGCCAACGAGAAUGAAGUUCUUGUGUUUCAUGCGUGGCACACUAAACUCAGUGUCCACUCAUUAGAGACCGGGCGCAGCUCAGUCAUUAAGACACCAAAGUUUGCCCAUCAUCUUGGCUUUGGAUAUCGGCCAAAAACCAGGCAACUCGCCAUUCUACUCAAACCGGAGACUUCGGACCUACUGACCGUCCACGAGCCCCGGUCCUACGAGCUCGUCAACAAGACCGUGCUUCCAACAAUUGACGCACAAGGGUUGAAAUGGAGCCCAGAUGGGAAAUGGAUUGCCAUCUGGGAUGUCGCUAGUGCAGGCACAAAGGUUCUGAUAUUCACAGCGGACGGUCAACUUUUCAGGACAUAUUCUGGACCAUCUGGGGUAGAUGAUUCCUUCGACCUCGGAGUGAAACAAAUUGAAUGGAGCCCUGCUCCCGAGCAGGGCACUUCCCAAAUAUUGGCUGUGGGAAAGGUUAAUGGGAACGUUGAUUUGCUCCGAACACGCACUUUCUCUUCCGCAACCACACUUUCACAUAUCUUCCAAACAGACCAGCAAUGUUCCCAUAUUUGGCGCGAGCGAUACGCUAGUGCCGCAGGAGACGCCGAAUAUGUCGAAACAUCCUCCUCGUCUGCAUUGAGCAUGAGCCCCGAGUCCUUAGGGCCACCACGGGGCGUCUUGACAAUGACCUUCAGCCCAGACGGUCACCUCCUUGCGACCGUUGACACUGCACGGCAGAAUGUCGUUUGGAUUUGGUCACUAGAGGGUACCCCAACACUUGCAUCGGCUCUAGUUCACGAGCAACCCGUUCGACAGAUUGUUUGGCAUCCUUCAUCGCCACAACUUUUGAUUAACACCAUCACGAAUACAUUGCCUGCUAUUCGAUGGUGGUCCCCACAUGAUCACCCAUUGAUUGCUCGCGUUCCUAUUCAGAGGAGCGAUAAUGGAAAAUAUGAUGUGAGAUGGGUCGCAGGGUCAAAUGUGGACUCGCCGUUCUGGUUUAGCUCGCCGGAGCAACAUGUUAUUGGAUAUUUGUCGACUUGUGAAGGUGCUGUUGAAUUUGAGAUUCUGAACUCAGUGACCAGCAAGAGUUUGUCUUGA